GCGGCGUUGCAGCCCCCGGUGAGGCCGCGGCGCUCCCGGUGCCCCCGGACCCCUCGAGCCCUCCCGGCCCCUCCGGAGCCCCCGGGAUCCGCCGGCACCGCCCGGCCCUGCUGUCGCCAUGUUCCUCACGCGCUCCGAGUACGACCGGGGUGUGAACACCUUCUCUCCAGAGGGGAGGCUCUUCCAGGUGGAAUAUGCCAUCGAGGCCAUAAAGCUUGGCUCCACAGCCAUUGGGAUCCAGACCUCAGAGGGAGUUUGCCUGGCUGUGGAGAAGAGGAUCACAUCCCCCCUGAUGGAGCCCAGCAGCAUUGAGAAGAUUGUGGAGAUCGACUCCCACAUUGGAUGUGCCAUGAGUGGCCUAAUAGCUGAUGCAAAGACUUUAAUUGACAAGGCCAGAGUGGAGACUCAGAAUCACUGGUUCACCUACAACGAGACCAUGACAGUGGAGAGUGUCACACAGGCUGUGUCCAACCUGGCCCUGCAGUUUGGGGAGGAAGAUGCUGACCCAGGAGCCAUGUCCCGCCCGUUCGGUGUCGCUCUGCUCUUCGGAGGGGUGGAUGAGAAGGGACCCCAGCUGUUCCACAUGGAUCCCUCAGGGACGUUCGUGCAGUGCGAUGCCAGAGCCAUCGGCUCCGCCUCUGAGGGAGCCCAGAGCUCCCUGCAGGAGGUUUACCACAAGUCCAUGACAUUAAAGGAAGCCAUCAAAUCUUCCCUGGUCAUCCUGAAGCAGGUCAUGGAGGAGAAGCUAAAUGCCACCAACAUUGAGCUUGCCACGGUGGAGCCUGGCAUGAAAUUCCACAUGUACACAAAGGAGGAGCUGGAGGAGGUCAUCAAGGAUAUUUGAAAAAGAGGGAGAAACCCCCCAAAAGCUCAAAGCCCUGCCCUGACCAAAGGACCUGGUGCAGCUCACCCAGCUCCUGGGAUUUCCCUCCCCACAGCACCUGCAUCUGCUGCUCUGCCAACUCCAGAGGUUUUUUUACCUUUUCUGGACAGAACUGAGCUUUGCCCCAGGAGGGAAUGAAAUAAAUCAUUUUGUUACUCUCACUGGGCUCCUCAGCAAGGGGGGGAAAGGUGGGAAGGGAGGGAUUUGGAGCCCAAACUGGGGGUGGUGGAUUGGGACAGCAGCUGUGCCAAGGGCACUGCCAGGCUUGCUGCAGGAGUGAGUCUCCCUCUUGUGGUGCUGUCCAUGGGGAAAUGCAGGUGUCAUUCCUCACUUAUUUUAAAAAAAUAGAGAGUUUUAAAUCUGUUCAGUGCAUUCCUCCCUCUUUCUCCAGUGUUUUUUAUCUGUAAAAGAGUCCCUGGAGCUCCAUCUGCUUCCCUGCAAAGAAAUCUACGCUCAGCCUUGGGGUUUGUGUUUGAAAAAAAUCCAGAACAACUGAUCAGAGCCCCCCAAGCAGAAACAGGAAUCAUGGGCUGAGAUAACCCCUCACCACUGAAAUCCUGCAGGUACCACUGGGGUUUGAGUUAACUCUAUCUUACACCAGAAAAUUCCUGCUUAUCCCACUUAGGUUUUUUAUUCUCCAGCAAAAAUCUCUCUGUGUGUCCUCAAAGCAGGGUCUGGGAAUCAAAGCUGGGUCUGAUAAGGGAAUAAAUUCAGAUUAAAAGAG